GGGAGAGCAAGGACACCACCGGCUUCGCAAAGCUGGAAGUCUCCUAUGCAUGCUCUCUCCCGCCGCCGCCGCCGCAGCGGCCGUCCGCGCCGCGGCGGGAUCGCCGCGGUCCUUACGGCGCGCCCACGCGCGCCUCAUCAAGGAAGGCCUUGCUCAGCACCCUCCCGCGCCGGCCCUCCUCGUCUCCGCCUACGCCAAGUCCCGUCUCCUCCCCGACACCCGCCUCCUGUUCGACGAAACCCCGCGCCGGGACCUCCACCUCUACUCCUCGCUCCUUGCGGCCGUCUCCCACUCCGAGUCCCCUGAACUCGUGCUCCCUCUACUCCGCCGCAUGCUCUCUGCUGACGCUCUUCGUCCUGACCACUUCGUGCUCGCCUCCAUCGCCAGCGCCACGGCCAGGCUGCGCAGCCUCUGUCUUGGUAAGCAGCUCCACGGCCACUUCGUUGCUUCCCCGUAUAGCAGCGACGAUGUCGUUAAGUCGUCGCUGAUCGAUAUGUACUGCAAAUGCGGCGUCCCGGAUGAUGCCAGGAAGGUGUUUGAUAGUAUCGUCGCCAAGAACAGUGUCAUGUGGACUGCCCUGAUUUCUGGGUACGUGCUGAACGGCCGCAGUGAUGAGGCACUAGAGCUCUUCCGGAGCAUGCCUGGACGCACCCUCUUUGCAUGGACUGCACUCAUCUCAGGAUUUGUGAGAUCCGGCGAGAGUGUUAGUGCAGUGAAGCUGUUUGUUGAUAUGAGGCGGGAUGGGGUUAGUAUUGAUGAUGCUUUCGUGUUGUCAUCUGCCAUUGGUGGGGCUGCAGACCUGGCUGCGCAUGUCCUGGGCAGGCAGUUGCACAGUCUAACCAUGAGGCUUGGUUUCUCGUCCAGCAUGAUUGUUGGGAAUGCAGUGGUUGACAUGUACUCCAAAUGCAGUGACAUACACUCCGCUAGAGAAGUAUUUGAAGAGAUUACUGGGCGUGACAUCAUCUCGUGGACCACAAUGCUUGUUGGAGAGGCACAGCAUGGGCGAGCUGAGGAGGCUUUUUCUCUGUAUGACCGGAUGGUUCUUGCAGGAGUGAAGCCCAACGAGGUGACCUUUGUCGGGUUGAUCUACGCAUGUAGCCAUGCUGGUCUUGUUCAGAAAGGGCGACAACUGUUUGACUCAAUGAAGGGGGAGUAUGGCAUCAAUCCUAGAUUGCAACACUACACUUGCUACCUAGAUCUUCUUAGUCGCUCGGGCCAUUUAGCAGAAGCUGAAGAACUCAUUACUACAAUGCCAUAUGUGCCAGAUGAAGCUACUUGGGCGUCCUUAUUGAGUGCAUGCAAGAAAUACAACAAUGCUGAAAUGUCCAUCAGGGUUGCUGAUAAUUUAUUAGAGCUGAGACCAAAAUAUCCUUCAACAUAUGUCUUAUUAUCUAAUGUCUAUGCAGUGAAUGGAAAGUGGGAUUCUGUGGACACGGUUAGAAAACUCAUGGCUGAUAUGGAGAUACGAAAAGAGCCUGGGUAUAGCUGGAUUGAAGUUGGAAGAGAAUUCCGUCUGUUUCAUGCUGGGGAAGUUCCCAUUGACCUGAGAGAAGAAAUUCUAGGCUUUCUUGAGGAAUUGGUCUCAGAAAUGCGCCAGAGGGGGUAUGUCCCUGAUACCAGUUCUGUGAUGCAUGAUUUAGAGGAGCACGAAAAGGAGCACCAUCUGUGCUUGCACAGUGAGAGGCUGGCUGUUGCUUUUGGAAUCCUCAGGUCUCCUCUGGGGUCGGUGAUCAGGGUGGUGAAGAACCUCCGGGUUUGUAAUGACUGCCAUACAGUAAUGAAGUUCAUUAGUGAAAUUUUCCAGAGAAAGAUCAUUGUGAGAGAUGCUAGUCGCUUUCACCAUUUCGAAGGUGGUAAAUGCUCUUGUAGUGAAUUCUGGUAGCUGAUGAUCUACUGAUGUUCAGUUGUUCCUCUAGUCCUCUAGGAGCCACCCAUGUAGAAACAUUGAGGAAGGGAUAUUUGAGAAUGCCCUGCCCUUGUGACACCCCUGCAAACUACAGCAAUCAUAAUACUUUGAUUUCUGAAAGAUAGUCUCGAAGAGCAUGUACUCCACUUAUUGUAAGUUUUGUCAUUUUCAUUCUGCUGCACACUUGACUUAAUAAUAUAAGACAGGAACUAUUCUUCA